AUGGUUGAUCUUCUUGAUAUACCAAAUUCAAUUAGUCGAUCAUGGUCACAUAUUAUUGAUCAAUCGACUGAAAAUCAUAAUACUUCACCAAAUAUUAUAUUUGUUCUUGGCAAUAAAGUUGAUCGUUUACCAAAAGGGCAGUGCUCGAACUGGAUAUGUGGAAUUGAAGAACGUAUUUCAAAAAUAUUUCGUUAUUGCUUACAACAUAGUGAUGUUUAUUUACUUGGUGAUACAAAUGCUGGAAAAAGUAGUUUAUUUAAUAAUCUUAUUGAUUCUGAUCUUUGUCAUAUUCAUGCAUUUGAUUGUAUUCAACGUGCAACUGUAUCAAAUCUUUCCAGUAGAACAAUGAAUGUUCUUCGUUUUCCAAUUCAAUUACGAACUGGAAAAAUCAAUUUAUGCAUGAUUAAUAAAUGUAGUAAUCAAAAAGAACUUUCAUUUUUUGAUUAUCAAUCAACUGUUAGUCGAUCGAUGAAUAUUUUAUUAGAUGUUGGAGAAACAAUAUUAAUUGGUGGAAUUGCAAGAAUUGAUGUUAAAUAUGUUAGUUUAUGA